GUUCACCAAAAAUCUGUCACCUGACAAGAUCAACCUGAGCACAUUGAAGGGGGAAGGUCAGCUGACCAAUUUAGAACUGGAUCAAGAGGUGCUUCAGAACAUGCUGGACCUUCCAACAUGGCUUGCUAUAAACAAGGUCUUUUGCAAUAAAGCAUCCAUUAGGAUACCAUGGACAAAAUUGAAAACACAUCCCAUCUCUUUGUCCUUGGAUAAAGUUGUUAUGGAAAUGAGCACAUGUGAAGAGCCACGUGCCCCUAAUGGACCCUCUCCUAUAGCAACUGCAUCUGGACAGAGUGAAUAUGGCUUUGCUGAAAAAGUGGUGGAAGGCAUUUCAGUUUCUGUGAACUCCAUUAUAAUAAGGAUUGGCGCGAAAGCCUUUAAUGCUUCAUUUGAACUUUCCCAGCUGAGAAUAUAUAGUGUAAACGCAAACUGGGAACAUGCUGACCUCAGAUUUACCAGAAUACAGGAAGCUCAACGUGGAGAGGUUUUAACUUUUAAAGAAAUUAACUGGCAGAUGAUCAGAAUAGAAGCAGAUGCAAUCCAGAGUUCUAAGCAUGAAAUCAUGAGUGCUCCAGUUCGUCUGAUUACUAACCAAUCAAAAAUUAGGGUCACGCUUAAAAGACGGUUAAAGGACUGUAAUGUAGUGGCAUCAAAACUGGUUCUGAUUCUGGAUGAUUUGCUAUGGGUUUUGACUGAUUCCCAGCUGAAAGCCAUGGUACAGUAUGCCAAAUCUCUUAGUGAAGCCAUAGAAAAAUCAACAGAACAGAGAAAAAGCUUGGCUUCUGAAACAACACAGAGUUCUGCCCCUGCACCCAGCUGUCAGCAGGUGAAAGCGCACCAGACAACAGCAGCACCUGAUCAAAAUGAUGCAAUAGUAAAGUUGUUUAAUGAUUUUGAUGUUAAGGAGACUUCUCAUCACUUAGUAAUUUCACAUUUGGACCUACACAUAUGUGAUGAUAUCCAUUCUAAAGAAAAAGACUCAAAUAGACGUGUUACAGGAGGGGCCAUGCAGCUUUCCUUCAGCUAUUUAACAGUGGACUAUUAUCCAUUUCACAAAGCAGGAGACAGCUGCAAUCACUGGAUGCAUUAUAGUGAUGCCACUAAAACCAGAAGUGGAUGGGCCAAAGAAUUAUUAAAUGAAUUCAAAAGCAAUGUUGACUUGCUUAAGCAGGCUGUGAAGGACCAGGUCAUAGAUUCUCCUCCCAGAUCACCACCUGCUGUGUCUCCUCAGAACCUGCAAACAGGCAAGGAACAGAUACCGAAAGGAACAUCUAGGGCUUCCUCUGUAUCUUCCCAACAACCAAAGGGCAAACUGAUGUCUAGUCCUAUUGUGGUUAGACUUGCAGAUUUCAAUAUAUAUCAGGUUUCAACAGCAGACCAGUGUCGUUCUUCCCCUAAAGCUCUGAUCUCUUGCAAUAAAAAGUCACUUUAUCUUCCACCAGAAAUGCCAGCUAUUCAUAUUGAAUUCACUGAAUAUUACUACCCAGAUGGAAAGGACUUUCCUAUUCCAUGUCCAAAUUUGUAUGGCCAGCUGAAUGCUUUACAGUUCACCCUGGAUGAGAGAAGUAUUCUGUGGCUAAAUCAGUUUGUGUUGGAUUUGAAACAGAGUCUUAUUCAGUUCAUGGCCAUGUACAAGUUAAAUGACAACUCAAAAUCAGAUGAACAUGUUGAUGUUAGAGUUGAUGGACUAAUGUUAAAGUUCAUCAUCCCAUCUGAAAACAAUCCUGAAAUUCAUAAAGAUCAACCCCAUGCACUUUCCAUUCAAAGUUCAGAGAUGAUUGCUACGAAUACAAGAUACUCGCCAAACUGCAGACACUCUGAUCUAGAAGCUUUGUUUCAGAACUUCAAGGACUGUGAAUUUUUCAGUAGAACUUUCACCACCUUUCCUAAGUCCCAGAAGAAUUUUAAUCUUUUGCAUCCAAUCUUCCAGAGACAUGCUCAUGAACAAGAUACUAAAAUGCAUGAUGUUUAUAAAGGUUAUAUCAUCCCAAAAUUGAAUAGAUACGCAUUAAAGACAUCUGCAGCUACGGAUGUUUGGGCCUUGCAUUUUUCUCAGUUUUGGAUAGAUUAUGAAGGAAUGAAAAGUGGGAAAGGACGACCAAUAAGCUUUGUAGACUCAUUCCCACUUUCACUUUGGAUUUGCCAGCCAGUAAGAUUUGCAAAGUCACAAAAAGAGCUUUUAUCACAUAAUCGGACAGCUUUGAACAUUCCAAAAAGUGAAUCUGGCGAUCUUGCUAAUAGACUGCAACGUAAAAAACUUCUAAAGGAAUAUUACAGCAGUGGGAUGGAGCCAUUGACCAAUGGCAUUCAAAUGUCAGACACUUCAGGAGUGCUUUCUGAAAGCUAUUCCUCUGAUGCAGAUGUACAUGUUCUUGUCCAUGUUCAAAAACAUGUAAGCCUGCAGAUCAAUCAUUACCAGUAUCUUUUUUUGCUGUUUCUCCAUGAAUCUCUCGUAUUGCUCCUGGAAAACUUAAGGAAUGAUGUAGAAGCAGUGACAGGAAAACCUGCAAAGCAAACAGAUGUCUGCAUUGGGAUCCUACUGAAAAGUGCAGAAGUAGCCUUACUACUCCAUCCGGUGACUCAGGGAGACCCUUGUAAGUCUCCGGUUGUGGAAGAAGGAAGUCCCAUGGCACCAGAACUCUCCCCUUUGGGAAAUGGGGAAGCUCUUCCUUCAGAGAAUAAAUUAGUUGGCGAUAAGAUGAUGCAAGCUGGUAUUACUAAUUUUGAUUAUGUAAAUGACUGCAAGCCUCUGAAUGCUGAAGUUAAUAAAGAAAUUUUAACAGAUCCUCUUUUGCUUAAAUCAGACAGUAUUACAGAUUUUCAGAAAGGAACGUCAUUUUCAGAUGAUGCAUCAGAUAAAGGUUUGGGAGAUACGAGUGAAGGAGGAAGCAGUGGACUUUUUAGCAGAAGUGAUUCAGAGGAGGUCUGUGGACCUCUAAGUGAGAAAAGUAGUUUGCAUCCUAGGGAUUCAGCAUCCAUUUUAAAUAAGAGAGAAGACUCUACUGAAUUGUUCAUUGAUAAAGAGGAUGACAAAAACAUGUUCUCAAAUAAGUUAAAUGAACAGGAAGGCACAAAUGAAGGCUGUCCUAACCAAGUCACUGACUUGGAAACAGAAACUGCCUUAGAAUCUGAAGAGCUUGAAAUCAACAAAGUGACUUCAGUUAGAAUGUUUGCAUCUCAGCCUUCAUCAAGUGCAAAGCCUAAGGAACGCUGCCCGUCCAACCUCCCUGCAUUCUCUGUUUCUUACAAGAAUAUGAAGAGAAGUCCAUCACAAGUUUCUCUGGAUACCAUCUCUAUUGAUAGUAUGAUGCUAGAGGAUCAUUUGGUCGAGAGUGAUGGAAGUGACAGCCAAAGCUUUCUCGAGAAAGGUAUUACAGCCAGAAACUAUCAAAGCCCAUCAGAAAAUGCCCAUGACAGAGGCACAGUGAUUGAAAACUGUGAUGGGUCGUCUCCAGAUGCCAUGAGCGCUGCUUCAGAGAAUGCCCAUGAGACUAGUGAAGAAAUGGUAAUAUUAUUGAAUUCCAUUAGAAUACAUGCUUCAGGAAAUUAA